GUCUACGGGUAAAACAGGCGCGUGCUUGCGCCGCGCGCCAACACGUGACGCAACCAGGCUAGUCUACUCACGCUAGCUAGUUUGUUUGCACCCAGGCGUUGGUCGGCCACAAACAUAUUAAAAAAGAAUUAGCUAACUUACUGGGAAUGGCCACCAGUCAGGCAUGGAGGUUAAAACGCUAUGGGCGUUUCGUUCCAGGCUCUACAGGGGAAAAGCUUUGGAAGAUAUUUGAGGCAAGUAGCGAUAAACCGGAAAUUGUCCUCACAAUUAUGGAAUCUGGAUUCGUGCUGGUGAUGCAAGGACAAGAAAGCUUGGAUACAAUCCCUUUGCUCAGUGGAUCCGAUCUUCUCAAAGUACACCAGAAAUCUGAUAACCUUAUGUUUCGAUUUUCUGUGAAGGGAGAGAGCCGCAUGAUGAGGAUGCAGUUUGAUGGACGUAGCAGGGAAGAGGCUAUAGGGGAGUGUUCAACUGCUGUGGAAAAACUGAUGAAGUACAUGCCUGUCACAAAUCAGGAGGACGCCCCAUUGCCUCCUAAUCAGUCCCCUGCUGAGGUCUCUGCAGCAGUGAUACAGCAUACUUCGCGGGGAAAGAACGUGGGAGUUGAGCCUGAGGUUGUCCAAGGGUCAUUGUCCAUCAAGCAUCUUAGCCAGGUAGUGAUUGUUAAGUUAAAACACAUGUUGGGAGAGACUGCUUUGACUCUGCCUCAAGCAUAUCGCCACCUUUCUUUGGCACAAGGUGACUUGGAGCCCAUCCUUCGUGUUUGUCUGCUGGAUCCCAGCUUUCCCGCAUAUGUGGAGAAGGUGGAGGGGGAGCUGAGGAAACUGCUUCAAGAGUGAAGAAUAUAAACAACAGCUGAUUGCAGAAAGGUCAAGUCAGUGCAAUGUGUUUUUUCGUAUAUAGUUUGUGUAGGCAGUGCCUGGUGAAGUGUUUCUUGCUGGGCUGCUGAUGUUGUUUGAAAUGUAAUACAUUGGUUGGGAUUGUAUCUGGCCUAAAGAGGAUGCGCUGAAGGGUACUGAAUAUGCGAAAGAACUGGCAAAACCAAAAAUAAAUAGAUGUCUGCAUUCAUUUUUAGAUUUUUUUAUUCAGAAACAAAAUAUUGGUCUCACUCAUAUAUUUAAUCGUGGCUAUAUACUCUGGUCCCUUUGUUCCCACCUUAAUGCAGUCCCAUUUCCACUGCAACACACAUGGAUACAUUGUAUUGAAUGAGGAGUCAUGCAGCUACAGCAGUGAAUUUUGCUAUACCAGCUUCCACGUGAUCCCACGAUAUUAAAGCUUCACUGAGUAAAACAAACUGCCCCCCCCCCCAUAUAUCUAUUUAAGAAUACAUAUUGCAUAGGAUUAUAGCCAUGCUAUACAGUUAAAGAGAGAAAAAAAUACAAAA